GCGCCGAACGCACUCAGCUUUCUCAGCCGACACAAACGUCGAACCAGCCGGUGAAACGCUGCCUUUAGGACCGUAGUGUCAGCGCAGCGACAUGGGGGACCGAGUAGCUUUACUGCUGCUAGCUGUAGUGGCGUCGGCUCUGGCCGCCGAGGUGCCUACAGAUGUUUCAAUGGGUCUGUUGGCAGAGCCCCAGGUGGCCAUGUUUUGCGGUAAACUCAACAUGCACAUCAACGUGCAGAGUGGGAAGUGGGAACCGGACCCCUCGGGCACCAAGAGCUGCAUCGGCACCAAGGAGGGCAUCCUGCAGUACUGCCAGGAGGUGUACCCAGAGCUCCAGAUUACCAAUGUGGUGGAAGCCAACCAGCCAGUCAGCAUCCAGAACUGGUGCAAGAAGGGGCGCAAGCAGUGUCGCAGUCACCUGCACAUCGUGGUGCCCUACCGCUGCCUGGUGGGAGAAUUUGUGAGUGACGCCCUGCUCGUUCCUGACAAGUGCAAGUUCCUGCAUCAGGAGCGCAUGGACCAGUGUGAGAGCCACCUGCACUGGCACACUGUAGCCAAGGAGUCUUGCGGAGACCGCACCAUGAACCUCCACGACUACGGGAUGCUGUUGCCGUGCGGCAUCGACCGUUUCCGAGGGGUGGAGUUUGUGUGCUGCCCCGCCGAGGCGGAACGUGACGCCGACAGCACCGAGCAGGACGCCGACGAUUCCGAUGUCUGGUGGGGCGGAGCGGAGACCGACUACUCUGAUAACAGUAUGGUGCGAGAGCCAGAGCCAGCGGAGCAGCAAGAGGAAACCAGGCCAUCUGUGGUAGAGGAGGACGUGGAGGAGGAGGAGGAAGUGGCCGAGGAGGACGAGGAGGAAGAAGAAGAGGAGGAGGAAGAGGAGGACCUGCUGGAUAACGACCAGGACGGAGACGGAGAGGAGGACGAGGAGGUGGUGGAGGACGAGGUAGAGGAGGAGGAGGAGGAGGGAGACGAAGACAUUGUCGACACUCUCGACGACAACGAUGACGCCGACGAGCCCACCACCAACGUUGCCAUGACGACCACCACCACCACUACCACUGAGUCUGUGGAAGAGGUUGUCAGGGAGGUGUGCUGGGCCAAUGCUGAGACUGGUCCGUGUCGGGCCUUGCUGCCCCGCUGGUACUUUGACCGUCAGGAAGGCCGCUGUGCUCAGUUUAUCUACGGCGGCUGCGGAGGCAACAGGAAUAACUUUGAGUCAGAGGAGUACUGCCUGUCUGUCUGCAGCAGCGUCUUACCCACAGCCACGCCCAGCUCCCCCGACGCCGUGGACCACUACCUGGAGACGCCCGCCGAUGAAAACGAACACGCCCACUUCCAGAAGGCCAAAGAGAGCUUGGAGGCCAAACACCGUGAAAGGAUGUCCCAGGUGAUGAGAGAAUGGGAGGAGGCUGAGAGGGAGGCCAAGAAUCUUCCACGCCCUGACAAGAAGGCUGUCAUCCAGCGUUUCCAGGAGAAGGUUGAGGCACUGGAGCAGGAGGCGGCCAGCGAGAGGCAGCAGCUGGUUGAGACCCACAUGGCCAGAGUGGAGGCUCUGCUCAACGACCGCCGCCGCCUGGCUCUGGAGAGCUACCUGACCGCCCUGCAGCAAGACCCACCCAGGCCCCGUCACGUCUUCAGCCUGCUGAAGAAGUACGUGCGUGCCGAGCAGAAGGACAGGCAGCACACCCUCAAACACUUUGAACACGUCCGUAUGGUGGAUCCUAAGAAAGCUGCGCAGAUCAGACCUCAGGUGCUGACCCACCUGCGUGUCAUUGAGGAGCGUAUGAACCAGUCUCUGGGACUUCUCUACAAGGUUCCAGGUGUGGCCGAUGACAUCCAGGACCAAGUCGAGCUCCUGCAGAGGGAGCAGGCGGAGAUGGCCCAGCAGCUGGCCAACCUGCAGACGGACGUGAGAGUGAGCUACGGCAACGACGCCCUGAUGCCCGAUCGGGAGCUCGGAGACGGACGGACCGACCUUUUGCCUCAGGAGGACACGCUGGGCCUGGGGGGAGUCGGCUUCAUCCACCCCGAGAGCUUCAACCAGCCCAACACCGAGAACCAGGUCGAGCCAGUGGACUCUCGCCCCAACCUUGACAGAGGCAUCCCUACACGGCCAGUGAAUGGAAUGAAGAUGGAAGCUAUUCCUGAACUCCGGAUGGAGACGGAGGACAGACAGAGCACUGAAUAUGAAGUUCACCACCAGAAACUGGUCUUCUUCGCUGAGGAUGUGGGCUCCAACAAGGGCGCCAUCAUUGGCCUGAUGGUCGGAGGCGUCGUCAUAGCAACCGUGAUCGUCAUCACCCUGGUGAUGCUCAGGAAGAAGCAGUACACCUCCAUCCACCACGGAGUCAUCGAGGUGGAUGCUGCCGUCACCCCCGAGGAGCGCCACCUGUCCAAGAUGCAGCAGAACGGUUACGAGAACCCAACCUACAAGUUCUUUGAGCAGAUGCAGAACUGAGGAGAAUGUCAUAUCUACACACACUCACACACACACACACACACACACACACACACAACGACAAACAAACAUAAACAUAAACAUCUCCUCCCAAACAUCAAGCACCUCCCCUACCCCUCUCCCCUCCUCCUCCUCCCCGCCCCCCUUGAGUAGUCCCACGUCUCCAAAAAGGCAGUGUGGCAUAGAUCAUUGAGUGACUGAAAUGCUCAGUCACAGACAUACUGUAACAGACUGUAGCCAGGGUUUCUUUCAUUUUCUGCCUGGGCGGACACCGUGGCCAAGCCGGUUUGCACCAAGUUUGUUCACUUUAUUGGAGCAAGACGCCUUUUUAAUUAAAGAAAGGGGGGUUUUAUAUGUUGCUCCGUCCGGGCCUGCUGAUGUAUGGUAAAAGCCCCGCCCAGUGCAUCGAAACAAACCCAAAGGGGGGAAAGAAGCGCGUUCUCUCUGCACUGAUUCAGGGCCAGUGUAUAGUUUUUGGCUUGGGACGAUUUUAGGUGUGGACUUGUGUAGGCAAAUCUGGCCACUGAUCAGUAGGAUUUUAAUGCGCUCCGGCUGUCUGAGCCUCAUUUAUAAAAACCGGUUGCAAGCAGAUGAAUGAAGUUGUCAGAAUCAGUCAUUUGAAAGCACACUUUUCACCACAUGUUCAUUGGUUUUGAUUAUAUUGUUCGUAAUGAUCACAUUAUGAAACAAAGGCUUAAAUCAAGCAACGUGAUUUUCUUUUUUAUAAAUGAGGCCCAGCUUUUCUCCACCUACUGCACCACUACUGCACUCACUCUACAGUCUACACUGGAGUAUAAGUGAGCCUCCUCUCCCUCCUCCUCCCCCUCCCCCUCCUCCUUCAUCCCUCCCUCCCUCCCUCCAUCCUUCUUUUCUUUGCGCAUUCUUACGACAGCUGGGCUGUGUUAAGUCACACAAGGCUCUUUGAGGAUAUCUGGAGACGCUGAUAAUGAUGAUGAUGAUGACGAUGACGAUGAUGAUAACGAAUAUGUCGACGACAACAGUAGUAAUUAUGUAUUCCGAAUGAGCUGUUUUUAUUUUCGAGUUUUUUCUCUAUCGUUUCCAAUUUUGUUUUUCAAAAAAGAAUGAAAACGGAGGAAGGAAAAAAAAAAAGUCAACCAAUGUAAAGUCCUUUUUUUAAAUUGCGUGUAAUGUACUGAAGUAAUGCUGAAGUCUUAGCUGUUCCUAUGUAGUGCAUGACAACAAUGACAACAGGAUUUGGAAAAAAAAACAAGGAAAAAAAUGACAAGAUCUUUAACGCUGCUCUCUCUCCCUCGAGAUCCUUUCUCACGUAUAGAUUGUCAUUCUAGCAAGAUUGUACAUUUAGUAUCUUCUCGUGAUCACGUGACAUCAAACAAUGAUGAAAAAUAUAUAUAAAUCUAGAUGAACGGGCUCUGCUUUGAUAUCAUGUAAAAUACACAUUUAAAAGAGAUCUGUGAUUUUGGACUUUAAGUGUGUUCUUCAUUUCUUUUAUUAUUAUUAUUAUUAUUAUUUUUUAACCAUGCUACGUUCCUGAAGCUGCAGGAGGGGGGCUGGCUUCAUCUCUGUUUGUAUAUUCUCAUUCACUGAAAUAUAUUGUGUUGGAAAUCCUUAUGAGUAGGGGGGGCUCUCAGACAUCACCCCGUUUAAUUUUUGCUAUUCUUUUUUUUUGUUCGACUCAUGUUACAGGGUUUUUUUUGUGGUUUUUUUUCUCCAAAAGGGCAUGAUGUGAGGGUGAAGGUUACAGAGAGCGGGAAGGGGCAAAUAGGAGGCAUGGGGGUUAGAAUUAUCUCUGCGUGUGUGAGUGUGUUUCGUCAUUUUCAGUCUGGUGUUUCGUCCAGUUGUAAGCCAACGCCGUCUCUUUUCUUUUUUUUUUUUUGAAGUGGUGGGGGUGGGGGUUCUGUAAUCGUUUUGCUUUCUGCUGAUAGAACAGGUGGAGUUCUGAGAGGAGGAGGAAGAGGAGGAAGGAGAAGGGCAAGGUAGAGAGGAAGUGACUUGCAAUUCUGGAUGGAUAGCCAGGCAGGCAGUCUGUAUAUAUAUGUAAUGGAUUUUCACUCUCCCCCCCCCCCCCCCAAGCACCUCCCCUCCACCUCCCUCCUUCGCCUUCCUUUCCCUUCAGGCAUGCUGCUCACCUCUCUGCCAUCAAUGCACACUUGACUCCUCAGAGGCAGAGCACUGUAGUCUGUAUAUAGAUGAUAGGCGUUCACCAUCAAGAGAGUUUAGAGCCAGUCGGGGGGGUGAAAGCAGGGCUUAUAUUAUUCCGAAGUAAAUCCAAGUUAACAGCAUAGUAAGCAAGAGUCCCCCUCCCCCCUUCAUUCAACCUUUAUCCUCAAACAGUCCACCAUCUCAACAUUACAUCGAAAGAAAUACAGCGUGACCUCUCACUCGGUUAAUACGUCUGGAGUAAGAUCUGUGAGGAAGCGGUGGGUGACAUGUACAUUUUGGAGGCUGCAGUGGGGUGGGUCCAUGGUUUUCAGAGGGUGCUCAUUAGAAGCCCAACAGAGGGCAGUAGAGUAGAGGAGGAAGCAGGAUUUUCUUUCUAUCUUUUUUCUGUGGGUUAUAUAUUGGUUUUGUUUUCCACUGUGUAAUAUUGUGCAGGCCAUUUGCAUUGACUGGGAAAACGCUUUCUACACUGUAUUCCAUAAUAAAGUUUUGAAUGUACAUACAAA